UGACAACGUACGUUCACUUUGUUCGAGGCGGAAGGAAAUGUGAAUGAUAGGAGCACUGAACUGCUGCUACUUUAGUCUUAAUCCAUAAGCAAACAUCUCCGCAGCAAGACAAAAACAACUGCACUCCCACUCUCUCGCGCCAGUCACCGCCGCUGACAGUGGGAGUAGGAGUAGGAGUAGCAGCCAACUGUUCAUACAUACAUCUCUAGCCUCUCCAACAAACAAUUCCAAAUAGCGAAAGCCAUUGAGGGUGUCGAUUUUCCCUCGCAAGAUCAUGAAAGGCCUUUGGUCACAACAGUUCCCCCCUACUGACAGUCCGCCGCCGGCGACGCCUCUUACUCGCUACGAACGGUGCCUCAUCUGCCCGUCAUGUAACACAUCGACUUGCCGCCUCUUGACCUCCUCCACUACAGGAAACCCCGGACGCCAGUUCUACACAUGCCCCGCGGGGGAUCACAAAUUCUUCAAGUGGGCGGACGAGGUGAAACCCGACGAGCUCAUUAACGUGCCGUAUUGUGGGGGUUGUAUGGCGGGUGUUUGCCGGGUUCGCAGGGAGAUCAGGGGACCCAAUGCGGGUAGGAUCUUGUUCAUGUGCAGAGUAAAGGAGGGAGAAGGAUCUUGUGGCUAUAGAGUUUGGCAAGACGAGCUAGAAACGUCAGCAAACGCCCAAGCAGACGAAAGGAGAACUUCAUGUCAAUCAACUUUGACAAACUGCGAUGAUACGCUCCCCGUGAAUGAUGAUUUGGCGGAGGGAAGCAGGGAAAACGAUCUCGAGUCCACUGUAAUCUUGAGUCAAACUGGCCCCACAUCUAUGACAAACUGUAAUAAUAAUGGCCCUGCAACUAUGACCGACUACAAUGACUCUGGCCCUGCGGGAAACAGCAAUUACACUAGCCUUGCGGAUGACGAGUCUCCUGUGAUUCACAAUUUACGGGAUCUCGAGUGUGUUGGAGUAACAUCCGAGACAACUAAUGAAUCUUCAAGAAAGCCUCCCAAAAGAUCCCGAUAUGGAGAUUUAAAAGCUCGGGGUUCGUCAAUUUCUGCUCACCCUCUCAUGUUGAGCCUGGGAGUGAACUCUGAAUCAAUUAAACCUUGUUGGAUGGCAGCUGCAAUCCGUAAAAAUUUGAGUGCUCAACUAAAGGGUUGGUGGGGAAGGCUUGUUUUCCAUCCAAGGCCCUGCUUGAUGACACAUUCACCGAGACCAUUCACCUGCUGCAUUACCUCCCCAUUGGACUCCACUUUUGUGGUGCAAGACAAAAUUCCAGUAAAUUCUGGUGCUUCAACCAUCCCAACGAUGAAUCUUCCAAGAAUUGCAAGCUGCAGCAAGAGUCUCUUUACUUCAUGCCAUAAUGCUCAACUCUCCGGCAUAAAACCUUUUUGUGUUAGUGUUAAUUCACCAUCAUGCAGUGAGCCUUUAUGUGACAUCAGAUUUCAAAAUGUUAUGUCAAAAUCAAUCUCAGAGGCUUUUGGUCAGGCUGCUGAGCACCUUCAAAAUGAACUCCUUACCCAUCUGGAGACUAUGGACGUCAAAGACCACGAAGCCAUGCGUCAGGCAGCAGAAGCUACAUUUGCUGCUCUAGAUCGUUUGCUCUUCGACCAUCAAGAUUUCAAGGCCCGUGCCAAUGAGCUCAUUCAUUGUGCAACAUUAUUGGCUAACAUCGAAGAAUCUAUGCCCAGAAACAAUUCUUAUCAGAAGUUAGUUGAUCAGUGUUCUAGCGAGAGAAUGAGACUGGACGAGAUAAACUCUUUUCAUGCUAAAGCAGUCGAUACCAUGACCGACAACAAGAAGCGCCUAAAAGUUCUGCAAGAAGAAAUUUCAUCUACCAUGGAUUGGAUUUUCCAGAUUGAGGCCGAACUGUCAAGUUGUGAGAUCGAGAUGCUAAAAAUGGAGCACGAACUGGAUGAAAUAUCCAAAAACAAGGAGGUUUUGGAGGGGAAAUUUCUGAUUGCAUCUAAGGCGUUGGAGGAGUCCCAAAAGCUCCGUCAACUAAAAGAAGCUGAGUGGAAUGCUGCUAAGGCCACGUAUGACAGGGCAAGAAUGUUGCUCCGAGGAUAACGUAGAACCAAGUAAUAACAUCCAGAUCUUGAUUUGCAUGUCUGUAAUAUGUACUUCUAUCUUGGUUCCUUUUGUGAAUUUUUGAGGAAGGUAGGAUGCAAUAUGCAUGCUAAUCUGCUGAGCUUUGCAUUGCUCUGUGUUGCUUGUAAAUAUAACAUCAUUGAAGGCAAGCUCUUAUUGUA